AUGGCCUCUGGUUCGCGAAGAAGCCAUACAAAUUCACAUCACGGCUGUGCAAAAUGUAAGGCUAGAAAGUGCGACGAGCGAAAACAAUCCUGUGGACCUUGCACGAAGCUAGGCAUCAGGUGCGACUAUCUGGACUAUUUUACAACAGAAUACUCCUCGACGAGCGUAAAUCUAGAUACAAGAACGCUUGCCUCGGAACCAGAGCUAUCAAUCAAAUUUGAUCGCCGAUCAGCCGGUGCAGCGAUAUACAGCAACACUCAACGCCGUCCUACCAAUAGACGCCGCAAGCGAGCUAGCAAUUCCGGACAUAGUGAGGCUUAUGUGAAGAGUCGAGAUGUUUGCGUAUACGCGCCGAUACCUAAUAUCAAGGUGUUAUUUCCAAUCAACCAUCCCUAUCUAGACCAAGAUGACCUGGAGCUCCUAAACCAUUUCUUCACCAUUACAUCUGGAAGCAUGUCAUCAAAAGGUCCAAUGGAACGUCGCAUACUUAACUUAGUUCCAACCUAUGUUCAGUCUUGUGAUUAUGUUGUAUAUGCGCUUCUUUGUAUUUCUGCCCUUCAUAUUAAUCAUUUACACAGUGCGUCUUCGUCUGGUGACCCAUUAUCUCGCAUCAAAUAUCACAACAUGGCCGUCAAAUACCUUGGUAAAGGUGCAUCCCGGUUCCGCACUGCAGAGAGAAUUCUAAAUUCGGAUAACAUGGAUCCAAUUUUUACUUUUUCGGGUAUGACUAUAAUCUGUGAGCUGGGGUUUAUGGGCAAUCUUGUCUCUGGUCCACAUCAGCAAAAGGGGCAAGACGAGAUCGAUCGGUUUUUGCAGAUGAUAUUGUUUAUUCGACGCGUUACAUCUUUGUGGUUUUCUUUCCCUCUAUCCUUUUACGAGACAUGGAAUCCACAAAAGGCGGAGAUGUACACCCAGGUCAAGAAGGAAAUGGACAUAGCCGAGCUGGAGGAAGAAACACUACGUAUCGACAACUCGGGCGUUAUCCCUGAGAUCUCGUCAGCCAUGAAACGACUACAUAACCUAAACAACGACACAACAACAAAUUCCUUAGUAGAGCGAGAAAUCUACUCAGAAGCUAUAACAAUACUCCACCUUAUAUCGUACCAUGUGGCCUCGAAUCCCGAAGAGUGGGCUCUUGCAUUGCGCUGGUUGACGAGAUCCACUCCAUAUACUCUCUUGCUACAGAACCGUAAACCUCUCGCGCUGGUCAUUCUAGGUUAUUACUGUGUAUUGCUUCAUCGUGGACCGGGUCAAUCUGUAUGGUGGAUGAAGGACUGGGCCAUAGUGGUUAUCUAUGCAAUUUUUAAUGCUUUAGAUGAGACUUGGAGGCACCAUUUGACUUGGGCAAUGGAUGCGACCAAGCUCAGCAAGCCGUCACCCCUGGUCAUGCAACCUUGGAAAUACAACGGCCAUGCAGCUCUAGGUGCUAUUUUGGUCAUGAAUUAGUAAAUCCUAUUCAAAAACAUUCACGUGCUUGAACCUUUUCCGUUGACCCCUUUUUCAAAAUAUAGACAGGCCGAGAAACGCAU